CAAGGUGAAGACUGCACCGGAACCGUCAAAGCGAGCUCGAUACCGCAACUUUGUAGCCCGUGUGUGCGUCGCCAGAGCCAAGUGCCUAGGCGGUGACCGAUGGCUUGGUACGAAGGUUUUCUGUAAGUGAGCAAAUGAUCACAUGCUAGGAGUAGAGUAUCUUUAUACGCUGUAGGCCUGAGUCCACUACUGAUCGAAUGCUUUUGUCCCAUGCCGCAGUAUACCAGAACUCGGCGGUGUUUGUUACAUUCUGUGAUGAUGUGAAACGCUUGGUCAAUGUCUUGCUGAAAUUGUGCCAUCCCAGUUGCAGCAGCUGACUCCAUUACAAUCACCGGAUUCGUCAGUCAUGUCGCUCUCGCCGUGGUUAUCAAAGCUAUUAACGAUACGCGGAUGGAACAUGCUCUUCGCUCAAGCAAGCGUCAAGUCGCGCCAUCGCUAGAUAACGUUGCGAAUAUAUACUCCCGUGCGCCGAUACGAGCGAUGAAUACCGUGGCGGUCAUCCCGACCGAAUCAUGGAGUUUGAGGAGCUGCAACGCACCAAGGCUGGCUGGCAUCGCAGAAAGCUCCGGGACCGACGCGAAAAAGACCUAGACGAUAUCGCCACUCAACCUUCGGUAUUCGACGACCCUGUGGCGCUAGAAGUAUACCGCCCGCCCCCGGAGUACGAGAACGCCCAUAGGUUCGAUCCAAAGGCGACAUGGACAUGGAGGGAGGAAAAGAGUCUUGUUCGCAAAAUCGAUAUACGCAUUAUGCUUUGGUCCUGCCUUAUGGUCUUCUGCCUUUCUCUGGACCGCGGUAACAUCUCACAAGCCAACACGGAUAACUUCUUACCCGACCUUGGUUUGACAACCGACGACUAUAACCUUGGUAAUUCCGUGUUUCGGUUUGCGUUUGUCGCGGCGGAGCUGCCUUCGCAAAUCGUUUCCAAGAGGAUCGGUCCUGACGUUUGGAUACCGAUACAGAUCACCCUUUGGAGUGCCGUAUCGCUAUCGCAGUUUUGGCUCACGGGGAGGGCGACGUUUCUUCUUACGAGGGUCUUGAUUGGCGUUUUGGAAGGCGGCUUUAUCCCCGAUACUGUGCUGUAUCUGUCUUACUUUUAUACGAAAACAGAGCUGCCCAUCCGGAUCGGCUGGUUUUUUGUCUCUUCGUCGUAUCUGUCCUCUCUCAUAGGUGCCUUCCUCGCAACCGGGUUUCUUGCUAUUCAGGAUGCCACUGCCACAGAGGGAUGGAGAUAUCUCUUCCUUCUGGAGGGAAUCCUCACCGCUGUCGUCGGCAUUGCAUCCUUCUUCAUGUUGCCACCUGGCCCUACACAAACGAAAGCCUGGUUCCGGCCAAAAGGAUGGUUCACCGAAAGGGAAGAAGUGAUCAUGGUGAACAGGAUCUUACGGGACGACCCGUAUAAAUCCACCAUGCACAACCGACAGGGUUUGAGUCUCCCCAUGAUUUGGAAAGCGAUAUGUGAUUGGAGGUUAUGGCCACUGUAUUAUAUUGGCUUCGUUUACGGCCUCCCUGUGGGCCCCCCUCAGCAAUAUCUCACCUUGACACUUCGGAACCUUGGCUUCAGCACAACCCAAUCUAAUCUACUCACUAUACCCUCGCUCAUUAUAGGGAUAAUUGGACUAGUCGCCACUACCUAUCUCGCGGAGCUGACUAACUCACGGACCCUCGCUUGUCUGACCUUGCAAAUAUGGGCAUUGCCGCUCUUGAUUGCUCUCUAUACGUUCACUACUGAUACAUCGCCAUGGGUCUACUACAUUGUGGUGACGUUGAUCACUGGAUUUCCGUAUGUGCACCCGAUUCAAGUCGCAUGGGCAUCAAGAAACUCGGGGAGCGUGCAAGGGAGGACCGUAUCUGCGAGUCUGUACAACAUUUGCGUCAACCUUGGAACAGUUGCAUACUCGAAUAUCUACCAAGCAAGCGACGCCCCCUUGUACAAACACGGAAAUCUUGCGUUGAUAUUUAUCACGGUCCAUAACUUUGUGGCAUAUGGCCUUACUUGGUUAUUUUACCGAGAGACCAACCGUCGCAGGCAGUAUAAAUGGGACAAUAUGUCAGAGAAGGAGCAACAAUCAUAUAUAGAGGCAACAGCGGAUAAAGGCAAUCAACGACUAGACUUCAGGUUCGCGUACUAGGUAGCAUCGAGCCCUGAAUGUACGUCAAGUGCAGAUUUCCAUGAUCUAACUGAAGGAGUACCCCAAGCCUAAAUAUACUUGCGUCUCAUUGUGCACCCACCAGAGAUAUGUUUGUUUUCUUUUCAUGCGUGCGAUGAUACGAGUAUGAAUACCUGCACAUGUGACAACCGUAUUCGAGGUUCAGCUCGGAAUUACCGGAUACCAAUCACCCUCCUGCCGAGUUCGUAAUACACCUAGGUAUUUUGAGACGUCUUUUGGCUUCUGAUCGCCUCGCCAAAACUUGAUGAUCUCCGACCACUCGUCAGCAUCCUCCUGCGACCCCAUCUUCUUCGCUGAGACGAACCGGGGCAUACCCUCACCCUUCAUUCGUUGCUCGUACACAUCCGAGAAGGUCCGCUUGAAGUGUUUGUAUGCCUUGCUUGUAUCGCUGCUAGUAGGAUCGCUGGCUCCGGUGCGCUCGAAGUGGAAGAGCGGCGUUGGAUAGUGCGCGUCCGUUGUUGGAUAUGAUAUCAGCGGGCCGUUGAUAGACACCACGGAUCCCAGAAAGCCGCCCGUAGUUGCGGCAUCCGAGCUAGUAAGGGCAGACUUCGCUCGCUUUCCAGUCUCUACCGCGAUCUGGGACGCGAGGCUCCCGCCCUCGCCGACGCCUAGGAGGUGCAUCGUAUCCAGCUCACGAUUGGAUGCGAGAGUGAUGGUAUCAAUGAUGCGUUGGAGAAGAGGGAGGAGCUCCGAGAGGGAUGGGGGUUCGGGUGAUUGCACCAUCUCAAGAUACAACUUGACCUCGGUCACGAACUCUGGGCGGUCGGGCGGAAGGAACCACCAAUGGCCAAGACCAGAUAUC